GGAACGAAGUCUCAGCGUCAACAGGCACCAGGACGAAGGCUGUUGACCCUUGGAGAGGUGUACUGUGAACCCCGCAUCAACUCAUCUGGCCACCGAUUCCUUCUCGGCUGUCUACUCCGUGCUGCGCUGGCAGGGCUGGGGAACAAUGGAAAGGAAGAUGCCACCCAAACGUAUAGCUAAGAGAAGGUCACCCCCAGAAGAUGCUCUCCCCAAAAGCAAGAAGGUGAAGGACCGUCGUAACCAGGCAGUGAGGGCCAUUGCCUCCCAUCGCGUUCCAGGUGCCCAGAGCCCAAGCCCUCCUGACCAGAAAACCCGACCAGUCUCCCAUAGGUCCCACAGCACAGAACCAGGCAUGGUGCUGACGCUGGGCCAGGGCGACGUGGGCCAGCUGGGGCUGGGCGAGAAUGUGAUGGAGAGGAAGAAGCCGGCCCUGGUGCCCAUUCCAGAGGACAUCGUGCAAGCCGAGGCUGGGGGCAUGCAUACUGUGUGUCUAAGCAAAAGUGGCCAGGUCUACUCCUUCGGCUGCAACGAUGAGGGUGCCCUGGGAAGGGACACAUCCGUGGAGGGCUCUGAGAUGGUCCCUGGGAAAGUGGAACUGCAAGAGAAAGUGGUGCAGGUGUCAGCAGGAGACAGUCACACAGCAGCCCUCACUGAGGAUGGUCGCGUUUUCCUCUGGGGCUCCUUCCGGGACAAUAACGGUGUGAUUGGACUCUUGGAGCCCAUGAAGAAGAGCAUGGUGCCCGUGCAAGUGCAGCUGACUAUGCCGGUUGUGAAGGUAGCCUCAGGAAAUGACCACUUGGUGAUGCUGACAGCUGAUGGUGACCUCUACACUUUGGGCUGCGGGGAGCAGGGCCAGCUGGGCCGUGUGCCUGAAUUAUUUGCCAACCGUGGUGGCCGGCAGGGUCUUGAGCGACUCCUGGUCCCCAAGCGCGUGAUGCUGAAAUCCAGAGGAAGCCGGGGUCAUGUGAGAUUCCAGGAUGCCUUCUGUGGUGCCUAUUUCACCUUUGCCAUCUCCUGCGAGGGCCACGUAUAUGGUUUUGGCCUCUCCAACUACCAUCAACUUGGAACCCCAGGCACAGAAUCUUGCUUUGUGCCCCAAAACUUGACAUCCUUCAAGAACUCUACCAAGUCCUGGGUGGGCUUCUCUGGUGGCCAGCAUCAUACAGUCUGCAUGGAUUCGGAAGGAAAAGCGUACAGCCUGGGCCGGGCUGAGUAUGGGCGGCUGGGCCUUGGGGAGGGUGCUGAGGAGAAGAGCAUACCCACCCUCAUCUCCAGGCUCCCUGCUGUCUCCUCAGUGGCUUGUGGGGCCUCCGUGGGGUAUGCUGUGACCAAGGAUGGUCGUGUUUUCGCCUGGGGCAUGGGCACCAACUACCAGCUGGGCACAGGGCAGGAGGAGGACGCCUGGAGCCCGGUGGAGAUGACGGGCAAACAGCUGGAGAACCGUGUGGUCUUAUCGGUGUCCAGUGGGGGCCAGCACACAGUCUUACUGGUCAAGGACAAGGAACAGAGCUGAUGAAGCUGCUGCGGGCCUGGCUCCCGGCCCCGCCACCCUCCCUCCUGGAACUGGGAAGCUAUGACGACCACAGAUUCCAGGAGGCCUCCCCCAGCCCCGAGUACUCUGUCACCUCCUGCCUUUUUCCUAUCAGCAGAACAGAAUCCUUUUCCUCUUUUCCGUUCUCCUUUCCUGAAUCAUCCUGCAACCUACAGGAUGUAGGGGAGCGGUAGGGGGGAAAUGGAAGAGGGGAGGGGGUUUUAGCAGCCAGAACAUUGCUCACCCCAGAGCCAUGUGGUUAGACCUUUCCCCGCCUCAUCCCUACCUCCCAUGGCCCUGGCUGACCCUGGUUUUGCCUGCCAAAAACCAAAAAUUCCUCCUCUGGGGAUUUGGUGCCCACGUUCUGAAAAGUUGGGGAUCAUCAAGCCCUACUGUAGCCGUGUGCCACUCUCUGUCCUUCAUAAUCCCCAGGCAGACAAAUGGUAUGGUGGUCAGACCCAGCUGUCAUGGACCUGUGCCCGGGGGAAACUGGAGAUGGGGCAGGGCUGCCCUGCCACGGGCAACCCCAAGCCAAAUAUUUGGCCCUCAACAGAUGUCCGUGGGGAAGAAAAAAACACUGAUCCUCCACUCGAUCAAGAAAAAGCCAAUCAGCCUUUGUCCCAGAAGCACAAAGCAUUCUGCCCUUCAGGCAUUGCCUGAGUAUCCUACCCGUGGACCUGCCUCACCUGCAGCCGAGGGCCUGAAGUCUGGGAAGGAAGCAACAUCUGCAGGGCAGGACAUGGAGAGAGUGGGGAAGGAGAGUUUUAUAAACAAACUUAUAGCAAUAUUGAGAGUGAGGGGAGGGGGGCAGAGGGGCAGAGGCUGGUGCCCAGAAAGGGGAGCAGCAGUUUGUACAGUGGCUGAGAAAAUAGAAAACAGUUUUGAUUUUUUUUUUUAAUGUAAAGUAUUUUGGAGGGGAGAGUGAAAUCUUUUAAAACUUUGAAUAAAUAAAUUUAGAGUUUUAUAAAACAGGCCACUUGUUUUCUACAUACUCCCUGCUUUUUUAAGGGAGAACCUGCUGUGUUGGGAAGAGCAGAAUAAACGCAUACCUAUGCACCUGGUCAAGGCUAGGACUUAAGUGAUGUCACGAUGUCCUGGUAUGUGCCAGUCCGCUGUUGAUGUGGCUUUGUCAUACAAAUCAGAAAAGAGAAAAAGAGUUGGUUGAUGUUUGCUUAGGUAUUUGUUUCAGGAAUCACUGGAUUUUUAAAAAAAAAAAAUUAUGCUGCAUAAUGUGAGAUGUGGAAUGGAUCCUUUAAUAUCCUAAUCCCAAACCAAAAUUUGAGUACAGUACAUACCUAUAAAUACUUAUACUAAGCUUGCUGUUAUAUCAUCCUCAACAGCUGAUGUAAUUGAUUAAACCUGGUUAACUGCACAGUAACUUAA